AUGAGAGAGGGACGAGCAGAUAGCAAUGACAUCUCGAACCGUCCGUCAACAUCUCAAGAACCUGCUGAAAUGUUUGAUAUUAAAAAAUCUCCCAAUAAGUAUAAGAACAUCCAUUUUGGAAAUACAGUACUUCAACAACUCGGUAAUUUAAGAAAUCAAGAUGUUCUUUGCGAUGUUACACUGGUUUGUGGAUGGAAACGGGUGAACGCUCAUCGAGUAGUCCUCUCAUCUUGUUCAUCAUAUUUUUUAUCUAUGUUCACAUCACAAAUGUCGGAAUGUUAUAUGAAAAUUCCUAUGGAAGAAAUCGAGCCACCAACUCUUGAAGCACUCGUAGAAUUCUGCUACACCGGUAGCAUAUCAAUUGAUGAUUCGAAUGUUCAAGACAUUCUUCCGGCAGCCGGUCUUCUACAACUUCAUGAAGUUCAAUCGGCGUGUUGUGAAUACCUGAAAAGACAAUUAGAUCCAUCCAACUGUCUAGGAAUUCGCGCUUUUGCAGAUACACAUUCGUGCAAAGAGUUGCUCAGCUCAGCUGACGAAUUUGCUCUUAAAAAUUUCUCGAGUGUUAUUGGCAAAGAAGAGUUCCUCCUUCUAACUGUUGAAAGCCUCACAACAAUCAUAAGAAGUGACAAAUUGAAUGCGGCUUCUGAAGAGCUCGUUUUUUCUGCUGUAAUUCAAUGGGUCAGACAUGAUAUACCGAAGAGAAAGUGUCAUUUAUCGAUGCUUUUAUCUCAUGUUCGUCUUCCCCUCUGUACUCCGAAGUUUCUGGUUAGCGUUGUCAGCGAGGAGAUAUUAGUAAAAUCAGAUCCAGCCAGUCGAGAUUUAGUAGAUGAGGCGAAAAAUUAUCUUCUUCUGCCAGUAGAACGACCCAACAUGCAAGGACCUCGUACUAAACCUAGAAAACCUCUACAAGUUGCGGAAAUGAUGUAUGCCGUUGGAGGAUGGUGCAGUGGAGAUGCAAUUGCUUCAAUUGAAAGAAUAGAUCCCAUAAAAGGCGGAACUACUUGGAAGUGCGUAGCUCCUAUGGGAAAAAGAAGAUGUGGAGUUGGAGUUGCAGUACUCGAAAAUCUUCUAUAUGCAGUUGGCGGACAUGACGGACAAUCUUAUCUGAACAGCAUUGAGCGAUACGACCCAAUGACUAAUCAAUGGAGCAGCGAUGUUGCACCAACAGCCACAUGUAGAACUAGUGUUGGUGUAGCUGCAUUCAAUGGAUCACUUUACGCCGUGGGAGGACAAGAUGGAGAAAGUUGUCUAGAUGUAGUAGAAAGAUACGAUCCUAGAAAGAACGAAUGGACCAAAAUUGCAAGCAUGGGAAGUCGAAGGCUGGGAGUAUCUGUGUCUGUACUAAAUGGUUGUCUUUAUGCGGUGGGAGGAUCUAAUGGGCCGUCACCUUUGAACACCGUUGAACGCUAUGAUCCACGUGUUGGCAAAUGGGAGGAAGUUCGCCCGAUGCUCACGAGGCGAAAACAUCUUGGUACAGCUGUCUAUGAUGGUCACAUAUAUGCAGUUGGCGGAAGAGACACCACAACUGAACUGAAUACUGUGGAAAGAUACAGUGCGGAGCGUGACGAGUGGCAACCUGUUGUAGCGAUGAGUUGUAGACGAAGCGGAGUAGGCGUGGCGGUGGUUGGAGAUAAGCUUUAUUCUGUUGGAGGAUUCGAUGGACAAACAUAUCUCAAAUCCGUCGAGGUUUUCGAUAAGGAAUCAAACCGAUGGAGAACACACUCUCAGAUGACGUAUAGACGGUUAGGUGGAGGAGUUGGCGUCGUGCGCAUGACUGAUAUUCCAACACAUGGUAUGGAUGCAUCGACAAAACGACGCGAUUGA